CUAUUUUACUAUUUUGUACUGUCUGUUUUUUAAAUGGGCAGUGCAGCUUUAUUGUUUUCAUUUCUAAUUUUGUUUGUAUUAUCACACCAACUCUGGGCACUGUUCCAAUUACAAUUUGCAUGGCAGACACUGUAGGGAAGCACUUACAUAUAUAUAUUAUAUAUAUAUAUAAAAUAUAUAUAUACAUUUAUUUUUUUUUUAAGACUGUUACUGUGCUGAGUAUUUCCAUUAGUUUUGGGGUUGGAAAGUAAAGAAAUGUUAUGAGCAAAACUUGCAUGAAAAUUUCCAAUCAGCCCGUUUCCCUUAUUAUUAUUAUUAUUAUUAUUAUUAUUAUUAUUAUUUUAAGUGCCUUAUCUCCACUGUUUGCAGUAGGCAGGAGGAGUGAUUGUUACCAGAGUGUAUGAAGGUACUUUGCUUCGUGGGGAAGCUCUCAUCUUGUUCACCUGAUCAACCAGUAGGUUUUUCCUCCAGGUGGUUGUACAGGAGUUGUCCUUCUGCAGCUGCAUUCACUAAGGAAAACCAGAGAAAUUUUGCACUCAAAUUACACUUAUGCUCUUACACUCGUACUUGAAAUAGGUAAACUUGCAAAUCAAGCAGAUGUGAGAAAGGAAAGAAAAGACAGUACAUUGAGCUUGUAACAGAGCCUUGCAGUAGAAUCCUUGGACUCUGAAUCCUGGCUCUCUGUUUCUCAGCAUCUCACUGCCUUUGCAGUAAUACUUUUUGAAUGCUCUGCUCAGCUACUUUUUUUUAUAAACCAAUUGAUCUCUAAGACUGCAUCCUUUGCAACGCAAAAGAGGAACCUCAAAGCAAAAUAAUGCUUCUAAUAGUAAAUUAGUAUUAAAAUGUGUCCUCAAAUUAUCUUCUACAGCAGGGAAAGCAUAGCAACAUAAGUACUGCAUACCCAAUGCUUCUUGCUCUGCGACUUUUGUUCUGAGGAUUUAGUAUGGUUUGAGGUAGGCAACAGGCUUGGUGACAGGCUUCAGUCUAGUAAGUAAAAGAUUGUCUGUUUAUUUGUUUGGUUUUUUCCCAUAUAUUCAACACUUGCAUGCAAAAUUUAUGACAAACUUUCAAAGCUGUCUGGGUGGAAUUAUUAGAGCUGCUUUUUUGAAAGAACCAUGCUAUAAAAAUCAAGCCAUGUAUUCAGACAUCUAACUUUAGAUUUCUGCUUAUUCAUCAAAAUCGCAAGUGAUUUUUAAAACCACAGUUGUAAUUAACUCAUGGUUGAGUAUGUGCUAAUGCAAAAGGUCCAACAAGUAAUUCUGGAAGUGUAGAAACACCAAGAAAAUUCAAGUGUUUGGCAACUUAAUGUUACUAGUUGGGCUAUUUAUCAAUGCCAGGAUUUGAAGUGAACAGGCUUCCCAGUUGGGUAGUCUUUAUCUUUCAAAGGAACGACUGAUGAAUGAUGGUUUUUUGACCUGCUUAGCACCUCUUUCAUAGUACAGUGAAAACUCAGUUGUAUUGGAAACCGCUGGGAACUGACUGUGUUGUCAUACUGGAGAACUCACCCAGUUAAUGUGCACUUACACAUCCUCCAUUUUGUUCUUUGUUUUGAAUUGCAUGCUUAUAAUUUCUUCCAUAGCAAUCCAGUGCAUACUGCUUUCAGUUAGAGUUUUCUUUAAGAAAAAAAAAAACAAGCAAACUAAAAAAAAACAGGCAAACCAUUUGUUUUCAUUCUAUAAUUUGGCCAUUUCUGUUAGCGACUGCUGCUUAAAUGCAAUUUUGAUGUCUUUCCUAAGUAAAUGAAAUGUCCACAGAUGACAGAUGUCAUUUAUAAAGCUUACAUAGCUGUCCAGUGUAACAGCAGAAAUGCAAGAUGUACUUUGGCUUGUUUUCAGCAGGACACUUGUCAGUAGUUGAAUUCAGCUGGGGCUGGCGGGGUUUUCCUGUGAAAGCCAACUUCUAAGUAUUACUCUUCCUGUAAGCCUACCUACCUUUGGUAAUUAAUUUUGGUUUUUAACUUGUAUGUAUUUUGAUCAAUUACCAGUGGUUAUCUGUGGGUAGGGAACAGUAAAAAUAAUCAUUUCUUUAUUAACUUUUUGCAUAAAAGAGCUUUCGUUUUCUAUUUAACAGAAAAUGAAUUUAAUUUUAUAUUGGAGCACAGUGAGAUCAAAAGUUCAAGUUGAAAUUGUUUUGAAUGAGUAACACAACUGCUCCAUUAGGAAAUUUCAUAUCUGUUAAGUCUUCAUAGCCAUUAAGACAGGCAGAACACUUCUGAGAUUAGGGUGAGGCUGGAGAUUUAUAGCUAUACUGAUUAAAAAGACUGUGUGCUUUCAGUCCACCUGCAUUACUUUCCGUAUCUCAGUUAAAGAGGUAACUGUUGAACAAUUGAGCUGCAGCUCUUUUGUCACAGGGGAAGUUGAACUGAAACUCUGCUCUUCCUCAUAGGCCAAAAAAAAAAAAAAAGAGAGAGAGAGAUGGAGCAAAGCAAGAAGGGGCAGUUCUUGACUCAUGCACUCUUUUUUUUGGGGGGGGGAGGGGGGGCUCUGUAUGGCUAAAUGACAUAUGAUGGUGUAUGACAUAACACAUCUGAAGUAAUCAACCCAGAUGUUCUCUAUACUCAGUAGCGAUGUUGCUGUACUUUGCAAGCUGCCUGUAGUGUGACUGACUGUGUCAGCUGCUGCAGGAUGAGUUUUGCUGCAAAGAAACUCUCAGUGCUGUUGCAGAUUGUGCCAAAUGUCAGGUAGGGUAAAACACACCUUGAGUAACUGCAGAAGAAUCUUUCUUGGCAUGAACUGAACCUUACUUUGGUGACACUUGCUUACUUAAGUAAUAUCAUUAAAGUUUAUUGCUUGUUGUUGAACUCCAUAGAAGUGGAGUUUUACAUAUUAGCAAAGUAAAAAGCAAACAUAGGCACAUGCACACACAAACAUGCACAGAAGAACCUGUGCUGAAUAAAAGGCACUAUUUUAAAGUAUUAUUCCUUUCCCCCCCCCUCCAAUUACUGUUUUUUUUUCCUGAGCAAAAACACUGAACUGUCUCUCAGCACAUUGUUAACUUCCUUCUCUUCUGAGACUGCUAUUUCAUACUGUUUUACAAUGGGUGUUGCUGGAGCCCAAUGUGAUACUUGGCUCACUGGUGCUAAUAUGCUGUUGCUGUGUUCUGAAAGAGAAACAUUCAUGCUUGCAAAUGUCAAAAUUUCCUUGUUACUGCAAGGAGCAAGAGAUUAUAGAGAGACAGUUUAAAGUCACUACAUCAGAGAAGUGAGAACUGAAUAUCUCAGCAAAGUGAGUUUGGUUUGCAUUGUGUUCCUUCUGUAGCCUCUCAGGGUAUUUGCAUGUACAAAAUUUUGAAUAUUCACGUGUUAUCCCAAGUUUGCCUUUUAUCUCUGCAUGUCUGUCACUGCUGUAGAAGAAUGGACAGCAGCUGUUACUAAACCAGUUGCCUGGCUUUGCUGACUGAGUUGAGCAUGCCUACAUUAGGAAGGAACUGGGAGGGAUCACUAGAUUCCUUCAGUACAUAAAAAACAUUUUUCUUUAGGGUGCUCCUAAGCUGUUAAAUAUUCACACAGGUACUGAGUCAUGACAGAUGAAAUCUGUACUAGUUUUUUUCCUGUCAUGUUCUGUAGUGAACAUCAGAAGGAUUCUAGUUGACAACAACAAAAGGAUUAAGCCAUUAAGUAGUGGUGGUAGCAUGCACCUAUCAUGAAGGCAGACUUAUGACCACUUAAAUUCUCAGGACAACUUCACUGCCUGCACUGUGUUCAAACUGAGCACUUCCCUUAUAAUGAGGAUUUUGUAAAACUGAAUUCUUCACAAGAGUUAUUGCCAUGUAAUGCACUUUCAAAACUUGUCUAUUUUAGUCAUAGAAUGUCCAGUAAUCCACAGUUUCAAAGUCCUUUUGAGUAUGUUUUUGUAAACAAACAUGGAAUCCAUGUAAAUGAGAAGGUUGCCUUUCCUGAUUGUCAUGUCAAGAAAAAAAGUACAUUACACAGUAUGUCAAUGAAGUACAUCUGCUUGACAAAAUGUCAUUUUGUUUUACUGAGGAGUUGUAAAGUGUUUAUUUCCUUUAAGAACAGUAAGAAAACUGACUAUUUUAAUAGGAGAGGUUGCAAUAAAGCUUUUCACGGUUUUGUGUUGUCUUUGUGAAUGGUACUCCUGUUAACAGUUAAGAAAGCUCUUUAGCUAACGUAGUACUGAGUUGUCACUUACAGAGCAACAUCCUCAGUUUAGGAAGUAAGUUGGAUUCAACAGUUGCUGAAAAUUGACCAAACAGCACUUGAAAAGAUUACAGUGUUUAUAUAGCUUCAAAAAUGACUUUACUGCUAUUUCUUACAUGGAAUUUCACCUUAGUUCUGUGCAGGAUUAAGAUCUAAUGUUGGAGAAAGGCAUGUUGUCAGUUACUCUGAUAUGAUUCUACUAUUGUUUUGAGGGAAAGAAAAAGUGGUUCUCUUCUAAGCCCUUCCAGAAUUGCACUAGAUGGUCUUAACUGAGUCUGAGAUUCACAGUUGCAUUGUUUUUCCCUGCGUGUCUUUUUUCCAUUUUUAUUGCUACAUUUUCUCCUCUCGGACCAUGUGCUUUUCUCUUGGAAGUUUCAUAAAAAUGUGUAUACAGAGGGUAAGAGUGUCCAUCUCUACAGUAACUAUUUAUCCACUAUGUGAAAGCAUCUCCCUCUGUGCCAAGCAUUUAACCCACACAGUUCAAGAUGUGAAUUAUGUUACCAAGGUUCUUUCUAAAGCGAAUCAGAAAAGUUUAAUUAGAAGACAUAAUUGGUAAUAUGCUUUUAGUAAUUACUUUUUAAUCAGGACUAACAGCUUUAACAUUACAGUGCCAAAGUUGCCUGGGGGAAAAGAUGGCUAUCGCAAAUCACAUUAAAUAGGUGGAAAUGUCUGUAUCAUGCUGAGUUGUUUAAGAAUUUCAGUAUCACUUUUUAUUUUGAAGUAUAGAGGUUGCGUUAUAAAUAAUGCAUACAGAUGCACAAAGGAGUAUGCUUCUAGACAUACGUGCUCUUAUAAUGUCUUUGUGACUCCUCUUUUCCUGCGCUACAGACAUCAAGCAGAACUCACAAUACUGCCUUCAUCCUUGUCAUUGUACUCGUUAGAAAAGAGUACUAAGCACCACCUGAGGAUGCUAUCAGAGUGCAGACUGACCUGAGAGCAGUAAAGGAGAGUGGUCUUUCACUUUUAACACGUCACUGGAAAACGAUGUGGAGUUACUUGAGCUUGUGGUUGUGUGUGCAUGCAUGUGCAUCAAUGCCACAAUUUAAGAGUAUUCAAUGGUUAGAUAUUACAAUCCCUUUACUUCAUCAGAGAUCUUGACAUCUGAAUACCCAGCAAUAUAAAUGUCAAUAAUAUUUGUUCAGCUGAUUUUUCAAUACUUUGACUGGACUUUUCCUGUGAACGCCCAGCGAGAUUUGUCUUACAGGCAGUGUUAUUUUUAAUAUAGGUUUUAUUUUUAUAUUUAGUCACAAAUUAAUAGUGAAUCUGAAUGUAUCCUAUUAAAAAUCCAGCUUCUAGUAAUAGCAAUAUAAUAAUGGUCUGUUGUGAGCAUAGCACUUAACAGCUCAAUGCUCGUCAGUGCUCUGUGUAUUACUUGUGUGUACUUUUCAGCACUGUCUCAUGAAGACACAGAAUGGCAACUCUAAACGUUUAUUCAUUUGCCAACAUGGGUCUAAUGUUAGUACUGACUUCUUUCCUGAUUUGGUCUUCUCCUUAUGAUCUCAGAUCUGCAACUAUUUCAGCUGACACUUGAUAUUAAAACUGGUUGGCAUAAAUGCUCUGACCCUUCUCAGCUCUAUACGCAACAGUACCUGUGCCAAACACUGAUUUUAUUGACUACAGUGUUUUCCAGGACCUCUAAUUUUCUAAGACCCUGUUCUGAACACACUUCUGCUUCCAUUUUGUCCAUUCUUUUUUAAGUGUAGGUGCCAUAUAUCAUGGAGCAUAGGUGGCCAAACUGAUCCCUUUGAAGGGAACUAUCAGCAGAAGGGCCAGUGAACUCACUGAACUGGGAGACAUAUUUUAGCAAUUAUCUGUGGCUUCAGCAAGGAAAGAAACAUCUUUUCUAAAAGGCCUGGGGAGAUAGAGAAACUAAGAAAUAUUUCCCAAAACGCUGUUGAAGUCCUCGCAGCUGUUUGUGCUGAGGAGGAUUGAAGGCUUUCAUUGCUCGCUCCGGUCCGUGUCACGCAAAACUCCAUGCAAAUUCUACUGCUGACCUUUCUCGUGCCAAGCAAAACUGUUAUGUAUGCCGAGAGAGAACGUGAUCGCAGCGAAUGCCGCAGUUAAUGCUCAGCGCCCAUUAGCCCGGCGCUGGCCGCGCUCCGACCUCAUACCGCUUGUCAUUUGCUUGAAUUGCAGUGACAUCUGGUGGCACGCUGAGCGCUUUCUGUACAGCUGUUCUGCCAUUUAUAGCUCCCAUUUGCUUUCUUUCCCUUUUUAGAAAACCGGUGGGAUGAGUAUUUUAUUUACACGGUGCAGGUUUGCCUGCUGUGACGCGCGGUUUUCCCACACGGUGCGAUGCGGGAUCAGCACAGCCCCGUGUCGGUCACAGGUCUGUAAUUCUGUACUGUGCUCUGACGGUAAUGAAAAUGUUUUUUAAUUAAGCGCUGUAAUGCAUUACAUCGGUUUACCGAACUCCAUCGUGCUGGCUCGUUUGAAUUACACCCUGACAUCGUUGUUCUAAACGAGGGACGGCGGAACAUUAGAGGUGCUCGCAGCUUUGUAAGGCGAGGCGUGACCGCGCGCAAUGCACGGCUUCCCUCGGACGGCGCAGCCCUGCCCACACGCACGUCUCCCGCCGGCCGAUGCACUCAAAGCCCGGCGCGAGCCGCACCUUCGCGUCAGCGCUCUCCGCCAGCCGGCAGCCAACGAGCGCCGCCCAGCGGAAACCGCGCCUGUCCAAAGAAGGCGGAAGAGUCUUUCACAGUAAGAGGAAUCCGCCUCCCGCUCACAUCUCCGACGGCGAUUGGCUGCACGGGUCCACGAUCUCGGGCGGUGAUUGGGUGGGAAUCAGUAGGUCUGGGUGUGAUUGGCCGGCGGGAAGUGGCGGUUUUUUUCUCUCGCUGGCGGUGAGGUGAGAGCCGCCAUGUUGGAGGUUUUGCUGCUCCUUGGUGGCGCUGCGGGACGUUCUUUUCUCAGUAACGAGGCCCUGGGGACGUGCCAGUAACUGCGGGUGUUCAGGUGGUGGAGGUGUCCGUUGUACGUCGGGAAAGAAGCAUCUGGAAUGGUGGUUAUAUCGAAUUCUCUGGCUAGACAGGAGAUGAGAGAAUUGUGAGCUCAUCAGUUGCCAAAAUGGCAGCCAGGAGGGAGAUGCAGCAGUUUGAAAAGCUAAUUGAUGAAGUUACAAGGAAAAAAAAUUUUGAAUUAUUAGAACAAUACCUGGAAAGAGAAGAUUGUGAAAAUAUCUCUUACAAAUGCAGCAAACAGUUCGUCAGCAAGUUAGACAAGCUUCUGUGUCAGGAACUUGACAAACAAGAAAUCAAAAGUGUUUCAACUUUGCUAACUUCUCUUUGGAAGUGUGGGGAAAAAAUCAGCAUAGCAGGCGACAAUGGACUCCCAGCAAUGAUAAAAUAUGGCCUUGUUGGAAAGAUGGUUAAUUGGUAUGAAAAGUUAAAAGGAAUUUUGAUUCUCAGAGGAAAUGAAAAGAACAAAAUCAUUACAAAUCUGGCUGAAGAUUUCUUCAAUGUACUACUGAUUGUAUAUGACAGCAUACCUGAAGGUAAAAUGGAAAUGCUAGAAAACUUUGUUUUGAGAACUUGUACCAUCAUAACUGAUGUAAGAAUUAAUAUUUAUGUCCAACAAGAGGUAGUAAGAAAACUUAAUUUAAUGCUUGACAGCAUGCCUCGAGAUGCCAGGAAAAAGAUAUUUUCUACAGAGGAGAUGUUGCUUGUCAUGAGUGACAUGGGUAGGAGAAUUUUGGAUGCUGGAGACUAUGACCUGCAAGUAGCCAUCACAGAAGCUUUGUGCAGAAUGAUACCAGAGAAACAAAGAAGAGAACUGGCAUGCCAAUGGUUUUCCAUGGAGUUUGUGUCCAAUGCAUUUAAAGGAAUUAAAGAUUCAGAGUUUGAAACAGAUUGCAGAAAAUUUCUUAACCAGGUGAAUGGCAUGCUUGGAGAUAAAAGAAGGGUUUUUACAUAUCCGUGUUUAUCAGCAGCUCUUGAUAAAUAUGAGCUACAGCUCCCGUUGGAUGAAAAUCUUGAAGAAUUUUGGAUUGAUUUCAAUGUUGGCAGUAGAAGUGUAUCUUUCUACGUGGCUGCUGAUAAUGCAGAUCAGCAAUGGGAAACAGUCAUCAUACCAGAGGAAGAGGUAGACCUAUACAACCUUGAAGAGAAAGAUUCAAAGAAAUUAUUAACAAUAGAUUUAAAAAGCCCAAUGAAUGUGGGAAAUCAAGAAGGAAAGAAAUUUUUUUUAUACUUUGAUUCUAUCUUGGAAAUCGAAGAUGUAGCCAGAAAGAUUUAUGGGUUAAAUAAAUGUAAGGAAUUCAGUAAGAAGCAGUCUAUGUCAGUUGCUAAAACAACAGUGCAUAUCAUCUUUGAUGAAAGCGGAUCACAGGUUCUGGUGCCAGAAAGUCAGUUGUCACCAUGUUUGGAAGAAAAAUCUGAAGAUGCCAAAUUCAGUAAGUCCAAAGCACAGCAACUUCCUGGAAUUCAGAGAUCUUUGAAUAAAAACAACCAAGAUAAAUGCAAAGAUGAUUCCUGCAAGAUCACCACGUCUUGUAAAAGGAAAGUGUCUGAAGCAUCAGUGCUUAUUCCUGCAACUGCAAGAUUUUCCACACGGAGUCCACUGGUAUUUCUUAGUACAUCCACUCCUUCUAAAGGACGAUGCAAGUUACCUUUGAAAAUGAUGAGCUCUGUUGAAAGGUCUAACAGUAAUGCAGUAAACGGAACCAGAACUAAAAAUUUAUAUCAGGAGCUUACUGAAAAUGGGCAAAGAUGUACAUCAGAUAAUGAAUUUUGUGAAACAGAGCAGAAUACCAGGAAAUCAAAAAUCAGAGAAGAGGCAGAACUACCAGAAAAGGCCACACUCCCUACAGUAGAAGUUUCAAAAUUUUUACCAGAAGCAGAAAAUGGAACCACUGAAAAACAAACUUUAGAUAUCGUUCCUGAUUCCCAGCAAACAGGGAGAAGCAACAAACAACUACUGCCUGGUCAUUUGAAAAGUUCUUCUGAUAAAAAAAGAACAAGGAAAAAAAGAAUGUGUUCUGUCCCUGAGAAGAAUAUAGCAACUGGUGACAGACAAAAGCUAAAUCUGUCAUUGGAACAAUCAUCUCACACAGCUCCUAUUCUUAGUGAAAGAGCUAUGAAACAUAAAACUUUUUGUUCGGUUUUUGGAAGUGCUUCUCCAGAUAAACAAAUAAAUAAAAGAAAGCAACAAAGAAAUGGAACUGAAAUCACAAGGGAAGAAAACUGCAAAGUACUGAGUGUGCCAGAAACAUCUUUGCAUUCUGAUUUUACAAAACACUACAAUACUGAAGAGGAAGCUGACGUUCUCUCAAGAAAGGAGACUGCAGGUCAUGAAAAGCCAAAAAUGAAAAUAAAAUCUAAAGAAAUCACAGAUGCAACAAAAUCACUAAUUAGUAAAAUCAGUGACAGAUAUAAAGAUGAGAAGAGCAAAACAAGAGACUCUUUGGUUUUCAACAGAUCGUGUCCAAAUAAAUCCUGUUUCAGUGUCAAUAAGGAAAACAUUCAGAAUAGAAAUCGGAAAUCUACUACUUGUCUGGAUACGGCUGCUGAUCAUAGCGUGUAUGAUGUCUACAACUUCAACGUCAGUGUGUUUAAUGAGCCUACAAUAAAAGUCGGAAUCCAAGACUGCUGUGCUAAGGAAGCAAACACUCAUACAGAUCCAAACAAAAAAGAGAACCCAGGUGAAAGUAAAACUAGCUCUGAAAUGAAAUCAGGAAGAAAAACUAGAUACAAUCAAAGCAAAAAGCAUUUUUUCAGUGACACAGACACAGAAUACAGAGGAGAUGACAGCAAGACAGACAUCAGCUGGCUACAAAAAUCCAAAGCACCAUCUAAGCCACAGAUAAUUGAUUACAGUAGAAAUAAAAACUUAGGGAAAUCAAAAAGAGAAGGCAAAAAGAAGUUCUCUGAACUCCCUUGCUGGAUGGAUACGCCCAAAGGCAAAACAGCAAAAGAGAAAAAGCUAACAGAACGUAAAAAACAAAGUUCAGUAAUUGAUGACAUGAUGGAACAAACCACCAGACCAAAACGACCUAAAAGAGCAGUGCAACCAAAAAAUUACAAAGAUCCUUCCAGUUCAGAGUCAGGAAGUGAAUUUUCAGCAUGUACCUAUAAGAGGGAAAAAUCAAAAGGACAGAAAGGUGUGAAUGAGAAAAACAAAAAUGUUAAUCAUCAGAAGGAUCUCCAGAAUUUGGUGGAGCCAAAGACAGCAGCAAACUGUGUAAAUAAAGCAUUUAUUAAAUCAAAGAACUCUACAGAACAAGAGGAAAUUGAAAUGUCUUCACCUGAGAGUCCUGCAUCUCUAGAGACAAUGAGAUGUGCUGAGAGAACAUUAGAGGGAUGUGUUACUCAGGACCAUACUUCUAGUGAGGGGUCACCUGGUCUUCAGAAGUCAACACCAGAAGAAAACGAAACAGUAGACUUUGAGAAAGGAAUCUCUCCAAGUAAUCUCUGUCUACAAAAGAAAAAUACUCAACAUACGCAUCUAAACCAGUCUCCUGAAAUGACUGUUACAAAGUUAACACUUGGAAAGAAAAGUUUUUCACCAGUUCUAACUGCUCCAUAUUUGCUCAACUUAACUUCAGUAAGCCCACAUAAAGCAUACUGUGGAAAAAACACAGAGGGAUCUGUAUCUGAAACAUGCGAUGCUGAUGAAAAUUUAAGUUUUAGACGUGGCUUUUCAGACAAAAUUUCUAUUGAAGGAAAACAACAAGACAUUACUAAACCUGUCAUGAAAAAGAAAGGAGAGGAAUUAUCUCCAGUAUCUGUGUCCACUGGAAGUGAAGUACAGUCUUGGAGUCAAGAACCUUAUGGCCCUGCACAUGAGUCAGGGCCGACUUCACAUGUAUUUCUCAAACGAAAGUAUCAGCGAGAUACAGAAAGCCGUUCUGAUGAAGUAGAAACAAGCAAAGAGGAGGAAAAGAAAAGAAGCAGAAGAAUAAAGUUACAGCCUAGGAAGUUAUUUAAAACAGAUGAAGCUGUUACUUACAGAGAGUAUGAAAAUUUGUCCUCUGUAUCUGUAAGUGAUCCAGCUGCUUUGGAUGUGGACAUCUGGGAACCUGGUUGUUCAACUAUCGAUAUAUGUCAGAAGCUCCAAAAAGAAUACACUAAGAAAAUUGAGAGCCGUUCACGGAAAAUGGAGCAUUUUGCAAAGCAGUCAUUAAGAGCUGCCAACCAGCAUUUGACAACGUUGAAUCAACAGCUUCUUGAAUGCAGGCUCAAGCAGCUGGACAGAUUUCAUAUUGUUAUUCUUCAGGAAAUUGAGAAUUUUGAGAAAGAUUCUCAGUCCCUGAAUAACAUGGAGAAAGAAUUACUGACUUUUUGGAAAAAAAAUAAGCAUACUUUCAGUACGUUCAUGAAGAAUGAGCAGCAGAGGCUGCAGAUCCUUAAAACAUCCUUUGAAAAGAACAUCCACCAUAGUGUUGACUAUGAAGAAAGUGUUUUUACUUCAGAGGUGCAUCUGAUGAAAGAAGACAUGAAAGGACUCCAAGAGAAAUUUCUUAAAGAAAUGCAAGAAGAGGAACUGAUUAAUGUUCGCAGAGGAUUGCAGACAUUAUUUCUAGCAGAAGAUGGAAAAUUCUGAAGUAGUACUUCCAUGUACCUUCCUGAAAGUCAAGCUCAAUAUAAACACUCAUUUUCAAUAUAAAAUUUGACUUUUUUUUACUCAAGGAAACUACUGUAAUGAAAGCAUAUUUUCCUUAAUAAAGUUGAAGUCUUUUUA